AUGGAUUAUUCGUACGACGAAGAUCUGGACGAGCUGUGCCCCGUUUGCGGGGAUAAGGUCUCCGGCUACCACUACGGGCUGCUGACCUGCGAAAGUUGCAAGGGCUUCUUCAAGAGGACGGUGCAGAACAACAAGCACUACACGUGUACGGAGAGCCAGAACUGCAAGAUCGAUAAGACGCAACGGAAAAGGUGCCCGUACUGCCGUUUUCAGAAGUGCCUGGCCGUGGGGAUGCGGCUGGAAGCCGUGCGCGCCGACCGGAUGCGCGGGGGCCGCAAUAAAUUCGGCCCGAUGUACAAGCGCGACCGGGCGCUGAAGCAGCAGAAGAAGGCUCUGAUCCGGGCCAAUGGCUUCAAACUGGAGACGCUCCCGCCGCUGCCACCGCCACCGCCGCCGCCUCUGCCCCCUCCGCCGCCGCCCAUCGUCUCUCCGGUGCAGGCGGAAGACUACGGCGGGCUCCCGCCCUCCCUGCACGGCCUGGCCCACCACCAGCACCCGGCCGGCUUGGCCAAAGCUCUGCCGCCCCCCAGCGCGGCUGCCAUGACCCCCAUCGACUACGAGCGCAGCCCCUACGGGACACCCGCCCUGGCCGGGCCCGGCCCGGUGGGUCCCGGGCUCCUCUCGGGUUACCCUUACCCGCCUUUCGCCAGCCGGGCCAUCAAGUCCGAGUUCCCGGAGCCUUACGCCGUCCACCCUCACGAGGCCGCCCCGGCGUACCCUUUCCCGGAGCCUUACCCCGGCGUCGGCGGAGGCGCCUCUCCGGCCACGGCGCUGGACGUGCCCGAGGUGAUCCUGAAGCUGCUCCAACUGGAGCCGGACGAGGCGCAGCUGAAAGGCCGCAUCCUGAGCUGCCUGCAACAAGACCAGGGCGGCAGGGGACGGCCGGAGAAGCUGACCACCUUCGGACUCCUCUGCAGGAUGGCUGACCAGACCCUCUUCGCCAUCGUGGAGUGGGCACGCAGCUGCAUCUUCUUCAAAGAGCUGGAGGUGGACAUGUCCACCCUUGCCACUCAGGCGGGGUCUAUCCUGAACAACUUGGUGCUGAGAGCUCAGGAGCUGGUGCUGAACCUCCACGCCCUCCAAAUGGAUCGGCAAGAAUUCGUCACCUUGAAGUUCCUGAUUCUCUUUAGCCUCGAUGUGAAGUAUGUGGAGAACUCCAGCCUGGUGAAGGAAGCCCAGGAAAAAGCCAACACGGCCCUGAUGGAGUACACCAUCGUCCAUUAUCCCCACGCCAUGGACAAAUUCCGGCACCUGCUGAUCCAGUUGGCCGACAUCCGGGCCCUGAGCAUGCAAGCCGAAGAGUACCUGUACCAUAAACACCUGGGCGGGGAGAUCCCCUGCAACAACCUGCUGAUAGAAAUGCUGCACGCUAAGCGGACUUGAGGGCUUCUCUUUUGCCCCAGGAGACGGACGG